AUGAACGCAAAAGCGGCUUCGCAACGCUACCAGCGACAAGUCCUCGAGCUGGCAAAACAGCCGGGCAACGACUUCUGUGCAGACUGCAAAGCCCGUAACCCACGAUGGGCUUCACACAAUCUCGGCAUCUUCGUCUGCAUGAGCUGUGCAGGCAUUCAUCGAAAGAUGGGGACCCACGUUUCCAAGAUCAAGUCAUUGACGCUCGACGAGUGGAACAAGGAGCAGGUCGAGAGGAUGAGGGAGAUGGGCAAUGUCAAGAGCAAU